AUGCACAGGACCGUACAGGUACCGCCAGACACAACCACUAGCGCUGCAGCGGAUAACCCUAGUAUCAAGGUAAAGCAUUGGGCUUUAAUAACUAGGGCCAUAAGUUUUUCCUAACCACCAAGAAGGGAUCUGGACCCAUAGUUCUAACUAAUAUUAGCUCAAUCUAAACAAUACUUUUAUAUAAGGAGUCCUCUAUGGAUCUGGCCUGCAUUUCCAGUAGCUUUGAGCAUUGCUCAUUGGUUUAUCAGUUGGUCAGCUUGACCAUUUGAGUUCAGUGCAGCGCUGCGGUCGUGCAUGACGGUUGAACAGCGUGUUGUGUUCCAGUAAUGAAUAUCUCUCUUGUGGUUGUGUCUCCUGUUGGUUUGCUCUCUGACGACUGCUUCACAGGACCCUGACGACAAAGGACUAAGUAAGUCACAUAAGGAUUUCACUGUCACACAACCAUCUGAAGCUCAUCCAUGGCUCCCACAGUCAUAUAAUAUUGUAAUUUAAGCCUUGACUAUGACAUCCAAUGCAUUGUCAUCAAAACCUCUCUCAUAGUCAUCCAGCCUCUAACGUUUUGAUAGUCGGCCUAGUUUGACUACAUAAAAAUAUAUACAACACUGCUUAUUAUCUAUUCCGUUCAAAGCACAAACAGUACUCUCUAUACACACAUUGCAUCCAUGUAACACUACCCAACACUCAUAUUUCUAACAGAUUGUCUUGACAUCAGCCUCUGUACACUGUGAUCAGCAUUUACACUGUAGUCAGCAUUACAUUAUCACCAGCAAACUGAGUCAUAUAGUGUGAUGAUGUCACCAAAUCAAUGGUGAUUCGUCAGUUGGAUCAUGUAGGCUGCUUUUGCAUUGUUACAGCAGGCUCCUCAGAGAGUACUAUUGGUAUGUGUUUCCCCAGCAUAGAUAGGCCAGUUUAGAGACACAUACAGUAGAGAAAAAAGUCUGUAGAAUAAUAUACUGUAGGGGACAUAAUAGACUGUCUUGACUCCUGUGUAGUCCAGGAGACUUAACUCUGAUGAUCCAAAGUUUUAAAUUCUUAAAACUAAUAGAAAGAACAACGAAUAUAAAAUCACAAAACUAUAAUAACGUGUGGGUGUGUGUGUGUGUGCGUGUGCGCAUGUGUGUUACAGAGGUGUCAUAUUACUGUCAGAAUCACCAUUUUGUUGGGGACCUUUUCUGUUGAACAAAUCCCUAUUCCACACCCUUGGCUGUGUUAAGACCCUUCAGGAGUCCUGAAUGUUGUGCUAGUAUGGUUCCAACCAUAACUUAAAACAUGUAUUUUUAGUUCACCUUUAUUUCUUCAGGUAUAAUCUCUUAGUCCAAAAUGACCGCAGGGCCACAGUGUUGUAAAGAAAAACAUGAAAACACACAUUAACAUGGUGUAUAAAGCUCUAUGACCUUGACAUGGCCAUGCAUGCACCUUGAUGUGAUUUGAUAGGAGGACCUGCUGUGAUCUAAUUUUAGGAUAGAGGAGGAAGGUCUCACAGAUAUACCGUAAUGCUGCCCUUCACAAAACCUAACUUGAGAGGGUAUAGUUUUUAGAAAGCACAAUACGUACAAUAUUCACACCUCCAUCUCCUAAAGGUUCCUAGCACUGCACUCUCCUGGUGAACCCGUGUAUCUCUGUGCCUUCACGUUGUGACCUUGUAUUACGUUAACUCAAUAGACGUCAUCAGUGGGAGGGGUGUUUCUGUGAUGCUGACAUUCUCUUCGUUAUACUUUCAGAGCAUGUAACCUCUAAUGCCAGCGAUAGUGAAAGUAGUUACCGUAAGUCCUGGUGUCCCCUCUCCUUCCAUCCCUCCCUCCGUCGACAGGCUGCCUGUAUUCUUUAAUUUGUUGUUUUACAUGUCUCCAUCAUCAUCUUCUGUUGUAUGAUCUAUUCUGUGUUUGGUCUGAGCAGCAUACUCAGAGGAUCACACACGUUAGGGUCCCCAAGCUACUUCAGGGAUGCAUGUUGAAAUAGAAGUCUUAUUAGAACAGUGGUUCUCAACCCGAGGUACAGAGAGUACUUGAGAAGACUCAUGAGACCAUAGGCUUACUGGUAAAAUGCACAUGCGGGGUUCUUCAGCGGUACUCCGGACAGAGCUAAACGUAUUCGGUGGUACAGUAACCAAAAAAGGUUGAGAACCACUGUAUUAGGACAGCUACUGGAUUGACAUGAACACAAUGUAGAGCUUUAGCAGUGUGUUUGUGUGUGAGAGGAACAUAGAGAGUUGUGACUAUACAGCAGGUGUUCUACUUUCUCUACUGCAAUUAAAUACUUUUGAAGAAAAGCAAAUCUGCUCAUACAUAUUCACAAGCUUUGUGACAUGCAUGCACAUUAGCUACUCGUUUAAUGUUGUUCUGUACAGAUGGAGCAAAGGGGGUCAUUAAGUGAAUUCCAUUUUGAUACGCACACUUACAACGGGGACAAGGAGAAUACUGACUGAUACACACACUCACAAACAGCAUGCCAACAGCUGGUCUGACUCCUAACCAUUAUCACAGUAUCUACUGCACCGCCACUGUCUGUCUAAACAUGACUGCCUGUUCUGUCUGUCCUAUCAGGUAGCCAGGAGGAGUACGUCCUGUCCUACGAGCCAGUCACACAGCAGGAAGGUAAGACACUUACAUUAUCAUCUCUGUCACACAUCAUCUGACAUACAGCAGCAGAAUCACAGGAUAGCUCAGCUCUCACUGCCCCAUUAGAGUUAGUUAUCUGACUUGGUUACAGUAUCUUAGUUGGUUUGUUAUCUUAGUUAGUUAUAUGCUUAUACAAGGGCAGUAUUGAUACAAUAGAUCCUUCUUGUCUGUCCAGUGAACUACACACGGCCCGUCAUCAUCCUGGGGCCAAUGAAAGACCGCAUCAACGAUGAUCUCAUCUCAGAGUUCCCCGACAAAUUUAGGUCCUGUGUCCCACGUGAGUACCAACAUUUUUGUUACAUACACAAUUUUAUGUUUUUAUUUUAGUCAUUUAGCAGACGCUCUUAUCCAGAGCAACUUACAGGAGCAAUUAGGGUUAAGUACCUUGCUCAAGGGCAUAUCGACAGAUUUUUCACCUAGUCGGCUCAGAGUUACGAACCAGCAACCUUUUGAUUACUGGCCCAAUGCUCUUAACCACUAGGCUACCUGCCACCCUAUGUUGACCCUUGUCUUCUACAGUUGAAGUCGGAAGUUUACAUACACCUUAGCCAAAUACAUUUCAACUCAGUUAUUCACAAUUCCUGACAUUUAAUCCUAGUAAAACGUCCCUGUCUUAGGUCAGUUAGAAUCACCACUUUAUUUUAAAAAUGUGAAAUGUCAGAAUAAUAGUAGAGAGAAUUAUUUAUUUCAGCUUUUAUUUCUUUCAUCACAUUCCCAGUGGGUCAGAAGUUUACAUACACUCAAUUAGAACUUGAUAGCAUUGCCUUUAAAUUGUUUAACUUGGGUCAAACGUUUCGGGUAGCCUUCCACAAGCUUCCCACAAUAAAUUGGGUGAAUUUUGGCCCAUUCCUCCUGACAGAGCUGGGGUAACUGAGUCAGGUUUGUUGGCCUCCUUGCUCGCCACGCUUUUUCAGUUCUGCCCACAUAUUUACUAUAGGAUUGAGGUCAGGGCUUUGUGAUGGCCACUCCAAUACCUUAACUUUUUUGCCACAACUUUGGAAGUAUGCUUGGGGUCAUUGUCCAUUUGGAAGACCCAUUUGCGACCAAGCUUUAACUUCCUGACUGAUGUCUUGAGAUGAUGCUUCAAUAUAUCCACAUAAUUUUCCUUCAUCAUGAUGCCAUCUAUUUUGUGAAGUGCACCAGUCCCUCCUGCAGCAAAGCACCCCCACAGCAUGAUGCUGCCACCCCCGUGCUUCACGGUUGGGAUGGUGUUCUUCGGCUUGCAAGCCUUCCCCUUUUUCCUCCAAACAUAACGAUGGUCAUUAUGGCCAAACAGUUCUAUUUUUGUUUCAUCAGACCAGAGGACAUUUCUCCAAAAAGUACGAUCUUUGUCCCCAUGUGCAGUUGCAAACCGUAGUCUGGCUUUUUUAUGGCGGUUUUGGAGCAGUGGCUUCUUCCUUGCUGAGUGGCCUUUCAGUUUAUGUCGAUAUAGGACUCGUUUUACUGUGGAUAUAGAUACUUUUGUACCUGUUUCCUCCAGCAUCUUCACAAGGUCCUUUGCUGUUGUUCUGGGAUUGAUUUGGACUUUUCGCACAAAGUACGUUAAUCUCUAGGAGACAGAACGCGUCUCCUUCCUGAGCGGUAUGACGGCUGCAUGGUCCCAUGGUGUUUAUACUUGCGUACUAUUGUUUGUACAGAUGAACGUGGUACCUUCAGGCAUUUGGAAAUUGCUCCCAAGGAUGAACCAGUGUAUGUAAACUUCUGACCCACUGGAAUUGUGAAACAGUGAUUUAUAAGUGAAAUAAUAUGUCUGUAAACAAUAGUUUGAAAAAUUACUUGUGUCAUGCACAAAGUAGAUGUUCUAACCGACUUGCCAAAACUAGUUUUAAUGACUCCACCCUAAAUGUAUUUAAACUUCCGACUUCAACUGUACCUAACGGUGUGAUAACGAGUUUGCAAGGGUUGUCGAUAAUUAAAUGUAUCAAACAAAUUUAACUACAUUUGUUUGGUUUUCCAGACACGACCAGACUAAAGAGGGAUGACGAGGUGGAUGCCAGAGACUACCAUUUUGUGAUGUCCAGGGAGCAGAUGGAGAAAGACAUCCAGGACCACAAGUUCAUCGAGGCAGGCCAGUACAACAACCACCUCUAUGGAACCAGCGUCCAGUCUGUACGGGAGGUCGCUGAGAAGGUGAGGGGAGGGGGAAGUGUCAGCAUACGGCUAUGUUUUGAUGUGAUGAGUUGUCUUAUCUAUCUCUCUUUAUGUCCAGGGGAAGCAUUGCAUCCUGGAUGUUUCAGGCAACGCCAUCAAACGACUACAGUCGACCAUGCUCUACCCCAUCGCUAUUUUUGUCAAGCCCAAGUCUGUGGAGAAUAUCCUGUAAGUUAAUUUCAUUCAACAUUUCAUUUUAAGAGGCCAAAGCAAUGGGAAUUAAGGGGCAAUGGGAAUUAAGAGUUCAGACUCUGUGUGUUUUUAUUCACAGUCACCUAUUUGCUGUAUAUAGGGCAAUGUCUUAGUCAUUCUCUCUCUCUCUCUCUCUCUCUCUCUCUCUCUCUCUCUCUCUCUCUCUCUCUCUCUCUCUCUCUCUCUCUCUCUCUCUCUCUCUCUCUCUCUCUCUCUCUCUCUCUCUCUCUCUCUCUCUCUCUCUCUCUCUCUCUCUCUCCCCCCACCCCUCUCUCCCCUAUAGAGAGAUUAAUAAGAGGCUAACAGAGGACCAGGGGAGGAAGAUGUUUGACAGAGCCAUGAAACUGAAGCAGGAGUUCACUGAGCACUUCACUGGUGAGUCCAGCCCCCCACACCAGUCCACUCUCAACCUGCUUCAUACACUACAUCUAUUUCUGCACUCAGCAUGAUGACAAGUGUCUGAUGUAGCAGAUCCCUAAAUUAAAUAAUGGGCAAAAUACAGGAAAACCUGUCCUAGCUAUAAUAUACACUGAGUAUACAAAACAUUAAGAACGCCUCUUUCCAUGAUAUAGACUGACCAGUUGAAUCCAGAUGAAAGUUAUGAUCCCUUAUUGAUGUCACUUGUUAAAUCCACUUCAAUCAGUGUAGAUGAAGAGGAGCAGACCGGUUAAAGAAGGAUUUUUAAGCCUUGAGACGAUUGAGACAUAGAUUGUGUAUGUGUGCCAUUCAGAGGGUGAAUGGACACGACAAAAGAUUUAAGUGCCUUUGAAUGGGAUAUGGUAGUAGGUGCCAGGCGCACCGGUUUGUGUCAAUAACUGUAACGCUGCUGGGUUUUUUACGCUCAAGAGUUUCCCGUGUGUAUCAAGAAUGGUCCACCACCCAAAAGGACAUCCAGCCAACUUGACACAACUGUGGGAAGCAUUGGAGUCAACAUCGGCCAGAAUCCCUGUGGAACGCUUUCAACACCUUGUAGAGUCAAUGCCCCGAUGAAUUGAGGUUGGUCUUAGGGCAAAAUGGGGUGGUGCAACUGAAUAUUAGGAAGUUGUGCCUAAUGUUUUGUGUACUCUGUGUAUGCAUUUAGUAUCUUUGAGAUGUAGUAAGUAGCCUUGCUCGAGCCUUGGCUUGUGCGAGCCGGAACGGCUCAUAGGAUAAGGAGCCUAUAUCCUGUUUCUGCAGCGUGAGGCAGCUUAAUCUACAAGUACACUCCCGAUACAGGACACUAGUCUAUCACUGAGAUGUAGUGAUGUGUCUAAUGUAUGUCCCCUCUGUGUGUUGCUGCAGCUAUAGUCCAGGGGGACUCUCUGGAGGAGAUCUACAACACAGUGAAAAUCAUCAUCGAGGAGCAGUCAGGACCCUUCAUCUGGGUUCCUGCCAAGGAGAAGUUGUGA